UCGAUAGCAACACAUGACAAGGAGAGGAGCGCUGAACAGAAACUCUGCAGAGUCAGUGUUGUCCUCAAGUAGCUUCUGCUGCUGCUCGGAGAGGUCAUGUAAGGACAUGUUGGCAUGCGGCCGGGCUGGGAAGGAUCCGAGUCUACAGCCCAGAUCACAGUCCGACAUGAAUCCAGACUGUUCCUCUACUGGACAUGGCUUCACUGUGUUGAUAGAAUGGAUCAUGUGUUGUUAAAAAAUGUAAAGCCUCGCUAUUUUCCGAAAUGUAAGCGCACUGACAGUCGCCGAGGAAUGACGUCAUGACGUCUCACAUUGAAUGAUGACGCUGUUUGAUCAUCAAACAAUCUGCCGUUAAAGAAUAUCAGAGAAUCAGGUCAGCAGCCUCACACAGCAGGCCGGGCUGUGAGGGUCAGGACGGGGGGUCUGCUUAUUAAACUUCUUCAACGAGUCGAACUGGCUGUAGAGGAACCGGCUCCAGAGAGGAGGGGGGUGUUCGGGGAGUCCAGCAUCUGCAGACUGGGGCCGUAGCCGUCAGACCGGUCCGCCUGUCUGUCUCUGGUCUGUCUGCCUCCCUCCGCCGGCUCUGGGAGACCCGCCAGCCUGAAUCACGUCCACCCUGCAGUAGUCCGGUCCAGACUCGGGCUGAAGGGUUAGCCGGGGACGGACAGAGAACACAACUGACCCACAGAACCGGACCUGAAGGCAGAUCUACAGGAAACCUCUCCUCGCCUCGUCUCGACUGGUAGCAACACAGUGCAGGUUUCAGUAGUUCAAGGAACAAACAUCAAGGACUCUAGCCUAUGACCUCAACCAUCUAAGACAUGUGAGCCCUGACCCUGCUGUCCCAGAUCGUCUUUACCAGAAGCAGAAGUAAGCAGAGUUUAGGUUGGCAAUGUCAAGCCGCAGGAAAUCGACCACACCUUGCAUGGUGCUGCCUUCUGAUGUGGUGGAGCAGGAGGUAGAGGAGAAAACAGAGGAGACAAAAGAGGAAGGGGCAGAGGAGGAGGAGGACGGAAAGGUGGAGGAUGGAACUGAAGAGGCGCCAUCUGCAGAGGAUCUGGAUCAGGCAGUAGUGGUUGUGCCUACACCUCCAGAUACAGAUGAGCCCAGUGUCUCCACUGUAGAAGACAGCGAAGCCCUCGCCCCCUCAGUGAAGCGCGGCGCUACAAACCCACCUGAUGACCCGAGCAAUGAUCAGCAGUCCCAGGAACCGCAGAGUGAUACGCAAGAGGAGGCGGCCGCUGACUCUGCCUCAGUUGCUGCCAUCUCUCUCAGCAAGACCCCCAUCAUGAGAAUGAAGACUAAAUCUGAACCCAAGAGGAUCGCGGUGUCCCUGAAGUCAGCAGACGAGGGGGUUGAGAGCUUCGGAGCAGGCGGCGAAGGGGAGGUGGGAGGAGAACAGGAGCCCAUUGAAGCACCUCUAGGGCCAAUGACGCCUGUGGAAAUGCUGCUACACGACUCUAUGAAGCUCGGGGGAGGUGGCCUGCUGGUCAGCCCGCCCUCAGAGCAGCAGAGGAAAUCAUCUGCUUUAAACCCCACAGUGCUGCCUGCAGGCUUGGCACAGGUCCUCUCUGCUUUCCAGGCCCAGCAGAGUGCAGCAGCAGCAGCUCAGCCUCAGCUACUGAUUCCCCUCAGCAGCAUCCCCUCCUACAGCGCAGCCAUGGACACCAACCCCCUGCUGGGCAGCACAUACAAGAAGUUUCCCUACCCCUCCAUGGCCGAGAUCAGCGGCCUGGCAGCUCAGACGCAGUUCACAGAGGAGCAGAUCAAGGUGUGGUUCUCCGCCCAGCGACUGAAGCAUGGUGUAAGCUGGACUCCUGAAGAGGUGGAGGAGGCCAGAAGGAAACAGUUUAAUGGCACAGUGCACACGGUGCCUCAGACCAUCACAGUCAUACCUGCUCACCAACUGUCAGCUGCUGCCAACGGCCUGCAGUCCAUCCUACAGACCUGCCAGAUAGUGGGCCAGCCCGGCCUGGUGUUCACACAGGUCGGGCCAGGAGGGAACCUUCCAGUGACCAGCCCCAUCACUCUGGCAGUGGCAGGGCUGCCCAGUCAGUCCCAGAGCAUCAGCAGAGGUUCCUGCCAGCCCACCUUGACAAACAGUGAGCUGAAGCGGGCCACCACAGUCCAGCCCCCCUCUCUUUCCCCACAGGAGAACUCGGCCCUCAGUGCUGACAAUUUCAGUUUGCGGCCGAAGAAGUCCAAAGAGCAGCUGGCAGAGUUGAAAGCCAGCUACCUGAAAAAUCACUUUGUUACUGAUGCUGAAAUUGCCCGGCUGAUGAAGCUUACCAACCUGACUAAGGGAGAAAUAAAGAAGUGGUUCAGUGACACAAGGUACAACCAACGCAACUCCAAGAACAGCCAUGUUAUUGUUUUCCAUGACGGAGGGGGUAGAGGAAGUGGCGGCUGCAGCAGCAGUGCUACCACCACUAUUGUAAUAGACUCCAGUGAUGAGACACCCACGUCUCCACAUCCUCCUCGCACUCCCCCCGUAAAAGAGAAAGAGUCACGUCCCAAAACUUGGAACCCCUUCCCAGAUUUUACCCUGCAGAAGUUUAAAGAGAAGACUCCGGAGCAGCUGGUGGUGCUGGAGGAAAGUUUUGAGAAGAGCAGCACUCCGUCUGAUGAAGAACUGAGCCGCCUGAGGACGGAGACUAAACUGACGCGGAGGGAGAUCGAUGCCUGGUUCACUGAGAGACGAAAAAUGACAUCCAUCAGUACGUCCCCAGAUUCUUCAGAGGGAGGGAAAAUGGAAACAGAUGGAGCGAAAGCAGGGGAAGAAGCCAGCUCGUCUUCUCCUUCUGCCUCCUCAUCUCGCAAAGGAAGUCAAACUCCUCCAGGCAGUCGCAGCAAGCAGCUGCCGUCCACCAGCAGCAGCAGCAGCAGCAGCAAAGACAUAAAAGAUAAGACUAAAAAGACUCCAGAGCAGCUUCACAUACUGAAAAGUGCCUUUGUGCGGAACCAAUGGCCCACAACUGAGGAGUACGACCAGCUGGCGGAGGAGAGUGGCCUCCCUCGGUCCUACAUUGUCAGCUGGUUCGGGGACUCUCGGUACUCCUGGAAGAACAGUAACCUGAAAUGGUUCUACCAGUACCAAAGCGGAAAUGUUGAAGGGCCAAACGGCGGAGGAGGCAAUAAAAUGGGAGGGAAUAGCGGUCGGAAAAGACGCAGCCGAAAUCGUGGUUGGGGGCGCUCCCGAACCAGAAAGCAGCCAAGGAGGUCUGCCUCCUACAGUGCAGACGUUGACCGGUCUCCCCCUGCCAAGAAGCUGAAGAGUGGGAGGGAGAUCCUGAAGGAGUACUACCUGAAGUAUCGUUUUCUCAAUGAGCAAGACCUGGAUGAGCUCGUCACCAAGACCAACAUGAGCUAUGAACAGGUGAGGGAGUGGUUUGCCGAGGUCCAGCGUCGCCUGGAGGUGGGGUCGGAUCCUUUCGAGGAGCCAGUUGCAGGCACAGCCACAGGAGGAGAGGAAGCGGAGACGCAGGGAGAGGCGUCCACGGCUACUGAGGAGCAGACCGGCACUGCAGUGGGAGACGAGGAUGAAGAGGAAGGAGACGAGGAGGAGGAUGGUGAAGAUACUGACGACAGUGAGGUUUGGGAGCCUUCACGUAGCGUGAGGAAGUCCUUGUCGGUGUCUGAGGAUUAACGAUUGUGAAACCUUUGAAACGUUACAGAAUGUUACCCGAGAUGUACUGAUACGAUACAUGCUGGAAGACCGUUCGCUAAGCCAAGUCUUUUUGCCACUGAUUUGCAUGUUUACCAAUCAGCAGCAUUAAUUCAUUGUUUUUUCCAAACUGUUCCUGAUUCACGUCAACAUGAGUCUCACUGAUUGACUAUUAGCUUUAGCCCAUUUGCUGUAACUUACUGUAAUGUGUGACAGUUUGGACAAACAUCAUGGUUUUAGACAAACCCUGCAAAUCCCAAGUGGAAUACCAUGAAGUGCAAUCUUCAAGCUGAACUGUGCGUUUCCCGAAAAAGACAUGUCUGAAAAUCUUUCUUUUGAAACAACGGAUGAACUCUGACUGUUGACAAAGAAAGAUUUUAGGAGGAAUAUUAAUGUGAUCAUGCCCUUGUUAAAUUUGCACUCCUGGCUUAAGUGAAGCCACUACAGGAGAUGUAUUAACACUUUGAUGCUGCAUUUGCUUGAGAAAUAGUGUUUGUUAUACUGCUGUGAGCACAGGCCUAAUUUCAAACCUUUAUCUCCAGUGUUAUGAAUGUUCACCCAUCGUUUCCCCCUCAAAAGGACCCUGUUGUGUUUACAAAGAUGUUCUGAAAGGUUUCACAGCAGGGUGAGUAAUGUCACCAAUGAAACAUGCACACAUCUACUUUUAAAGCUGGUUCAAGUUUCAGCUUUUCCCCCCAGCACCUGAAAAGAUCGUCACAAGGAGGACCUGAUCCAGCUUAUUUGAGCUGACAGAGGCCUGCAAUGAUGUGAGACAAAGUACCUUAAUGCUGAAUGAAUGCCAAUGCUGUGAUGCUUUUAAAGCUCACAGGAUGUCCACUCAAGUCUUCCCUUUAUAGUGGCUUGUUAUUUCAUUAGGAUUAUAAGUAUUGUAGCUUUUGAACCUACAGAUCUGAUGGAGAAUUGCCACGCUGUGUUAAAUAUGCACUGCUUUUAAUGUUUGAACUAAUUUCUCACCUUUUGAUAAAACACAUGUUGUGCUGUUAUCUUUUGAGAUAUGAGGCUGUUGUCCCAAAGUUGAAUGUGUUGUCUCCAGUGUGAGACAGAGGCAGCAUUUCUGAACUUCAUCACUGCCGCUCUGAGGCAGACAUUUGUCCACCAAAACACCAAUAGAAAGAAAAACGGUUGAACAGAUGGACUCAUUUUAAGAUGGGGAUGCAGACUUGGAAGGAUUUCCUAAACUAGCUGCAUCUCUAGUGAAAGCUUUGAGAAAGUCAAUCCACAAGUAACGUCGCCACCUAAUCAUCGACAUAUUGCCUUUAGGUUUGGACUCACCUGCAUACGUCAAAAACUAUGCCUAUCAAUCUUGGUGGGUCCUGACCCUUUCUUUAAGAAAGACUGUUAAACAGUGUUUCAAGUGAAAAUCCUUAAGCACCUAAAGUAAUCUCUUAACAAGAUGCACUUUGUCCACUUGUUAUCACAGUGGACUCAAUCCUGAUUAGGCACCUUAAUCUCUUAUUAUACCAUGAAAUGGCUCUGAGAGACCAAAUCUGUUUUGUAUGAACACAAACUAAACCAGUAUUUUGCCUUUUUUAUCCUCUGUUGAGGAAGAAUCAAUUGAUCCACUUUUCUAAUGAUGUGUUGUUUCAUAGUGGGAUGUUUGUGAGGCUCAGAGAAAUGGUAGAACAAUCAUGCACCGCUUUCCUUUGCAAAAUUGCACAAUUUGAGCCCCAUUUGUUGAUAUGUUCUCCUUUGAAAUGUACAUGUGUUGUAUUUGUUGUGUUUUGUAUUGUUGCUUUAAAUCAUGGGAGUAUUGUGCCCUCCCUCCUUUUCUUCUCCCCCCAAAUGACUCUUGACCGCAGUCCAUGUUUGAGACAUGAAUGCCUACAUUCUCAAUGUGCACUUCUGAGACAUGCUUCUGUAAAAGUGUCCUGUUGGUCAUCAGACAGUCAGAGCCAUGGAGGUUUCUUCAAAACACUGACUUUGUCCAGAAAAUGGAUUCCAACAUUCUUGGAGAAUCCCUCGUGGAAAGAGUUGUGAUGCCUGACGUAACAAAGACGCUUUCCCUCUGUGGUGGGAAAUCUACCAAAUACCGCUCCUCUUUCUAACUCUUUCCUUCCCCCUCCACUGCAGCGAACUGAACGGACAUUCAACUGGAAGCUCUCAGUGACGGUUCCACACACACCGGGGAGAGACUCUGAUGAAGCUUUGCAGAUAAACCUUUGUGCCUACACGGCUCGUACGCUAGUUUGAACAGAUUCUCUCAGAGGAUGAUGAGUUUGGGAAUCACACACUGUUGGGGUUUCUUUUUGGAGGCUUGUUCAAACCAAGUUGUGAUGCAUGAGCGAGCUCUGCUUUCUGCUGACGCUUAAAGAUGCCUAGAUACUCUGAAGUGAUCAACUUCUGUUGUAAGCCCUUAAAUGGAAACCUUGGUGUUACCAGUUUUAUUGUAGUCUUUCACCAGGCACUUGUCACAUGUAACGCCGGCACCUUCAGCUGUGCAGGGAGCGUUUCAGUGAGUCUCUUUGAAGCGAAUGAUGUCUGCUAGCUGUUAGCUAACUGAGCUAGCUAGCUAGCAAGUGAAGGAGAGCUGAAACUUUGAUACAUGUUGUCGUGAUGUGACGAGUGCUUUGGCAAGAGAACUAAGGAAAUGGAAAUGUAAAGGUUUACCUUUGUCCAAUACUGCAUGGAAUAACCAAGUUGAACGACUGCUCCUUUUGUACAUAGAAUAUUUUGGGUUGGUAUACUUGGCAGAGAAGAAGCCUAAUCUGGGAUGAAUCUUUGCGUAGCUUUAAUAAGACCAGUUACUUUGACUGCAGCAUGGACCUGUUUUCUUUUUUAUACAUGGUUUUCCAGGAAACAUUUAUAUGAACCUUGUCACUCUUAGCUUUUAAAUGCUAAGCUAGCUUUCCUUUCUUUAGUAUUUUGUAGCCACUACACUUUUGGACAUUUUAUGGCAGCCAUGUUGUGCCCUUUGCAACCGGUUCAAUCUUGAUACUUCAUGUGUCAUUUCUGCACAUGCUCCAAACUGGCUGUUCAUAAUUAGCUUCUUCUGUUUUUAGCUCCUGGGUUAGGCUGAACGCUUCCCCUCCAAGUAUCCAGCCCACGCUCUUUUACAGUGUGCUCUUUCUUUACUAUAGUCACUCUGUUUUUAAUGGUUUUAUAUGUUUCUAUCUUUGAAAACUGUGUCAUUAUGACUCUUGCCAGAUAUUAAUGGAUUGUUUGUUAUGAAGACAGACUCAUUGAAUAUGUACAAUAGAGUAGUGUUUUUGAAAUAGAGUCAGUUUAGAGUUCAGCUAGUGUUGCCCUAGUGGCUUUUUGGUACAUAUAUGAAAUCAGAACUCAGAGGAGAAGACACACACUGUGGUUGUCUAAUGCCUCUGAAGCACUGGGGAAGUUAUUUUUGUUUGCUUAAAAAAAGUGUCCUCACUUGACGCUCCACAAACAGCUGUGUGACAAGAAGGUCCAUGAGAACGACAUUUGUUUGGAAAGAUUGAGAAACAAAGCUGACUUUUCUCAGAUUUGAAGAAUGACUCUUUGAAUAUUUUAGUGUCAUCUCUGACAAUCUCAUACGCCUUGAAAUUUCCAGUUUCAUAAAUGACCUUGUGAUAAAUUGAAUGCAAAACGAGUAUUCAGAUGGUAAUGAGAGUAGGGUUGCAAAGGGGUGGAAAAUUUGGAAAUAUUCCAAACUGGAAAACUUUCCAUGGGAAUUAUGGGAAUUAACUUUGAAUUGAGGGUAAUUCAAUGGAAAGGUGUCAUAUCCAAGAAUAAAUAUUUGUUUUGUUAUAAGCAGACAUCCAUCCAAAAUAGAAGUCAUCUGUGCAUGUGAUGGAGGAAUGCACAGUGCAUGUAGGGGGCGUGGUCUCAAUAGCCCUGCAGUAAGCAUUGUGCUAUGUGCAUGUGGUUUAGGAAUAGCAGAGAUAUUCAAUUGUACUUGAUGAAAUCUGGUUGUUUUAGUCAGGAUUAUGCUAAAAUAUAUAUUACCCCAACUAUAUUUAAGUUCCCUAUUAAGAGCCAACCUUCAAUUUAAUCAAUUCCUGCUUUAUUUCCGUUUAUUCACAUAAAUUCACGUUAAUUCCCAUGGAAAGUUUCCAACUUUGAAAAUUCCCAUAAUUUUGCAACCCUAAAUCAGAGAUGAAGAAAAGACACACACCUCAUUCAUUAAAGGAAUGUCAUGUCUGUGAUUUUGGAGCUUAAAGUAAAAUUUUCUUCAAAUCUUUUCCUCCUCCGUUCCUGUAAUCAAUGAAAAGGUCAUUUUAAAUAAUGUCCUGAUUUUAUUGGAAAGUGGACCAAUAAUUUCCCCAGCUUGCUAGCGUGUGUGUGUGUGUGUGUGUGUGUGUGUGUGUGUGUGUGUGUGUGUGUGUGUGUGUGUGUGUGUGUGUGUGUGUGUGUGUGUGUGUGUCCUCUCCGAGUUGUGAUUUUCUAUGGAAGGUUCCCGUGUAUCCCAGUUAACCUUGUGCAGUAGAGCUAAGAGCUAACGUGGUGUAGUAUUUAACCUGCUGUCCUGUUGUGCACAUGUGUCAUAUCUGUAUCCUGCGCUAGACUUCUGCUUCAGUCCUCACUCCUAUUCUGUAUUUAGACAGGUAGUCAGUAAAUGUUUCUUACAGCAGUCAUUGAGUACAAUCUUUUCACAGUUCAGAAGCCUUUUUAAAUGGUCCUAUACAGUACUGUACAGUGUAUAACUUUUCUUUCUCUCAUUUAAAGUAGAGUUUUCACCGUCUGGUAUCUCUGAUAUGAUUUCCACCUUUUUGAAAUCUUCACCACAAGUUUUUCUUCAAGACUUGACUUUGUUUUCAAGUGUAAAAUUAACAGCUUUCCCUUGUUACUGCUUCAUUAGAACUCAUAUUCUGAGACCUGUGUUACUGAACGAUGACGGUGAUCUCUCAGCUCUUGUUUAAGGUUUAGGUUAGUCUGUAGACACACACACACACACACACAAACACACACACACACACACACACACACACACACACACACACACACACACACACACACACACACACACACUAUAAUAAUAAAACUAUAUAGACCUCCUAAAUAGAUAGAAAGACAAAUAUGUACUGCACUAACUGAAUUCAAAACUGUGAUCUCAGUCCUCUAAACAUCCACAUAAACUGCAGCAGCUCUCUGAGCACAUCUCACUGAGGGGGGAGGAUGCAGGACAACAUUCAUGAACAGUUGAAAUAAGUAUUAUGUUGUGUCUACAGAGCUAACACUUCCAACCACACUAAGUUAUUUCUUCACUCAGACUGUACAUCUGACCUGUGUUCAAACUGAGAGUGUCUGUCAUUAACUUUGAUUAAACACAGUAUGUGUGUUAAUGUAUGUGUGUGUUUGCCUCUGUACACUUUUAGAGAGCUCCUUCAUCAGCUCGUAGCUUCCUGCUGUGAGGCAGACACUGUGUGCAAUGUUAAUUUAAAAUCCCAGCUGUUACUGCUUGGCUUGAUUUAGAAAAGAGUUAUAUUUUAUACUUGUUUGAGGAUGAAACGCAAUAAAUUUUGAUCAACA